AUGGAAGUGCUGUUCGAUGACUUUGCCACGGCACACUCGGACCCAUCUGGCCCCAAUGGCUAUUUGCUCGCGACAACCAUUUCACCUGAAGCCCCACGUCACGAUCCUGGACGAUUGUACAACUUCCGCAAUGGCAUCAAUCAGUUCAGCGUGCGCACCGACUUGCAAUACAAGCUGCAAUACAACCCGGGCUUGACGCUGGAUAAAAACGAGGCCGCUGCGUGGCUCGAUGUAUUCGUGCAGCAUCACAAGUUCGUCGGCUCGCUGCUCGCUGCCGAGGAGCUGCAGAAUGUGGGCCGCACUCGGGAGGCCGACUGGGCGCGCGUAUACGAGGAGUGGAAGGAUGUAGUAAACGCCUUGUUCCGUGGCUAUCAGAAUGGUGCAUUGGAAGCCUGGACUAUUCCGUGUCUAUACGUCGCUGGUCGCUACCUGCGCGUCUUCGCCAUCAAGGCCGACGAUGCAAUAGCCAGCCAGCGCGAAAGCGGCAUGGUGUUUGGAGGAAUUCAAGAGGAAGAUGCCUUCGACCCCAGCAGCAAAAACGAGAAACUUGAGGAUGCCGCUCGUCAGAUCAACCGCAUCUUCGGCCUGUGUGUCGGUGACCGUAAUCCGCUCGAAGACUCCCGGAAAUGGGCCCUCUAUUAUGUCGCGACUUUACUCUUCAAGACACAUUUCAAACUCAACCACAUCUCGCUGUCAAAAAACAUCCUGCGAUCGCUCAGCGCCUCGAGUACAGACAUGCCGCCUCUGUCUGCUUUCCCAAGAAGCCAUCAGGUGCCGUUCAUGUACUACUGCGGCGUCAUCCAUUUCCUCGACGAGGACUACAGCGCCGCUGAGCAGCAUUUAACGUCUGCGUACAAUAUGUGUCACGUCAAUGCGCGGAAAAACAUCCAGCUGAUCUUGACGUAUUUGAUCCCAACUAAAUUACUGACAUCACACUCACUUCCUUCAUCAGCAUUACUGGCGCAGUACCCAUCACUCUCGCGUUUAUUCCGGCCAUUCUGUGAUGCAAUUCGAAAAGCUGACCUGGCGGCCUUCAAUGCUSCACUAGAAGAUGGAGAGGCUGAAUUCGUCAAGCGGCGUAUCUAUUUGACAUUGGAACGGGGUCGUGACGUGAUUCUACGCAACAUUUUUCGCAAGGUCUUCAUCGCCGGCGGGUUCGAAGCGCCGAAAGAGGGCGACACUGCGCCGCCCGCGAGGCGUACCAGAAUUUCUAUAGAUGAGUUCGCGGCGGCUCUCCAGCUUGCGGGUGCAGAAGUCAGUGAUGGUGAUGACGGAGUAGAUUUUGAUGAGGUGGAAUGUUUGAUUGCGAAUGCAAUCUACAAGAAUCUCAUGAAAGGCUACAUCGCUCGCGAGCGUCGGAUCAUUGUACUUAGCAAAGCUGGCGCGUUUCCUGGGACAGGAGUGUGA